AACCAGGAAGGGGGCGUGACUCGUUUGGAAGGAAGCGCGGCAGCCUGGGAUAGACUGGGACAGCAACAGGCAAUAAUUUAAAAAUGCAGGGACGCACAGCGCCGUUAAUCUCCUUCACGCCGGUGGAUAACUCCCUUUCUUCUCUAAAAAAUUGCCAGGCUUACAUAAACACUGGGAUGGAAAUUGCCACCAAUGUGGCCCUUGAUCUGCUUGAAACAGGCUGUGACACUGUUGAUGUAGAGAGCAUGGAGCCAGUGAUGCUGGAAUAUGCCGCAAUGGACCGAGAUUUAAACCAAUAUAUUCACGCAGCUGAAGAAAUUGUCCGUAAGUUAAAGCGUGAUCCACCUGAACGGGUUCCUGAUUUGCUAGCCCUUGUAAAAGAGAGGUAUUCAGAGCUUCAGAGCAAAAAUGCACAAGCUGAUCUUAAAAAAAAUGACAGAUUUGUCCAGUUUAAAGAGCAGCUUCGGGAAAUGAGACGGCAAAUGGGCGUUUCACAAGAUGAGACAACAGAGGAGACAUUUGAAGAUGUUGAUGAAGAAAUUACAGUUACCCAGAGCCAGUUGAAUUUGAUUUGCCCUAUUACACAGGUGAAAAUGACAAAUCCAGUAAAGAACAAAGUGUGUGGGCACACGUACCAAAAAGACGCAAUUGAAAAUAUGAUUCAAAACAGUCAACUUAAGAAGAAGAAAACCAGAUGCCCGAAGAUUGGAUGUGAUCACGCGGAUAUAAAGAUAGCAGAUCUCAUUCCAGACAUAGCACUAAAAAGAGCCAUUGAUAUUCAAAAUAAACAGAAAAAGUGAGAUUAUUAGUCAGCUGCCUGUGUUCUAUCCAAAAAUGAAGAAAUGUUGCGGAGUGUCCUAUGACUGCACAUUGCGAGCCGCUUGUGUAAUGCAUUGAGACUGAGAGACGUUUAUUUGCAAACAGAGUUAAACAAUUUGAGUGAUUGAGUAAGAGUUGUAAAGAUGGUGCCUCAAACUCUUUAAUUUCACUGCCUUGUUCAGUUCACUUUGGGUCUUUUUUUUUUUCCUUAAUCUGAAACAUUUAUUGCAUAAUAAAAUGUUUAAAUUA